GUUUUCUUUGAAUCGGUAGAAAAUUCAAUUCGACAGGGUGUGAAGCCGGAAGAAAUCGCGUUUCAUCAGCAGUACAGUCGUGCGGAGCUGAAAAGGGUGAUCUCGCUUUAUCCGGGAAAAGAAGUGAAGAAAGGUUUGGAACAACUGUACAAAAAAAUUGAAAAACAUCUUAUUGAUGAUUCACCAUUGCUGCAGGUGGUUUGGAGGAAUAUGCAGGAUGAAUUUUUGAAACAGUUAAAACAUUACAACGAAGUGAUGGGUCAGUGUUAUCCAAACUCGCGUAUUGAUCUUGAAGUUUCGAUUCAGGAUGUGCUAAAUUAUUUCUCACAGUUUGCCAUGCAGCACUAA